UACAGUCAAAUUUCAAACAAAUUAACUUCCAUCCGUGAGGAGCGCAGAUCUCACAUGCAUGUGUCGCCUGAACACAAGUGCGCAUGCGUGCAGAUGAGCUGCAGAUCUGACGUCACGUACUUCCGCCCAACAUGGCGGCGCAGCGCAGGAGUCUGAUGCAGAGCCAUCAGAGCUGGACCGACGAUCUGCCUCUGUGUCAGCUGUGUGGUGUCGGCUCGGCUCUUAACUGUGUGUACGGACCUGAUGGAAAAGGGACCCAGAGUCACUCGAAUGAGGACGGACACUUCCGCUUCAGUACCGAGUGCUGUUAUCUGUACGGGGUUUUUGACGGGUUCGACGGCAGCAGGGUGGCAGAUUUUGUGUGUCAGUGUUUGACAGCUGAACUCUUACUGGGGCAGCUGAACCCCAAUCACACGGACGCAGACGUGAAGAGAGUCCUGACACAGGCGUUUGAUGUUGUAGAGAAGAGUUAUUUUGAGACCAUUGAUGAUGCUCUUGCAGAGAAGGCAAAUCUUCAGACUCAACUUCCUGAGGGCGCCUUUCUCUCGGCUCAGAUACAGAAGAUGUCAGAACGACUCAAGUCUUUAGAGCACGAGGUCUCUGGUGGAGCCACAGCUAUAGUCGCUCUCAUACUCAAUAAUAAACUCUACAUCGCCAAUGUAGGUACCAAUCGGGCUCUUCUCUGUAAGACAACAGCUGAUGGUCAGAACCAGGUCAUCCAGAUUGGCCGACCACACACAACAGACAAUGAUGAUGAGCUGUCCAGGCUCACCCAACUGGGUCUUGAUCCGGUCGGGUUGAGGCAGGUUGGACUGAUCUCGGGUCAGAGCAGUACUCGCCGGAUCGGAGACUACAAAGUCAAAUUUAACUACACAGACAUUGAUGUGCUCAGCGCAGCGAAGAAUAAACCAAUCAUUGCCGAGCCUGAGAUUCACGGCAGCCAAUCGCUGGAGGGCGUGACGGGUUUCCUGCUGCUGAUGUCAGAGGGGCUGAUUAAAGCCCUCGAAUCGGCUCAUGGACCGGAGCAGGUCAACCAGGAGAUUGUUGCCAUGGUAGCAGCAGAGUUGGCCCUGCAGAGCAGUCUGGAGGCGGCUGCGCAGUCGGUGGUGGAGCGAGUCAAACGGCUGCAUCACGACGCAUACGUGAGCGGCAGACAUAGAGCUUCACACUGCGCACGACACGAGGACAUGACGCUGCUCAUUAGAAUCAUCAACUACCCGCUAGCAGAGGGAUCUCUCACACCCACACAAGGAGGACGGAUCUACCCUGUAUCUGUGCCGUACUCGAAUCAUCAGAGCACCAGUAAAACCAGUGUGACGCUGUCUCUGGUCAUGCCAUCACAGGGCACGCUGACAAACGGCUCCAACACGGCAUCCACACUCAAGGAAGACACGCCCACUGCCAGUCAAAGCCCCACAGCGACGCUGCAGUCCACCAACACGCACACACAGAGUUCCAGCUCCAGUUCUGGCGACGGCAGUUUGUUCCGUCAGAGAGGAAGUCAAGCAUCUCAGCCCGAUGAAACCGGACGCGUCCCGCCCUACGUUGAGUUCACACAGUUUUACCGGUUGUGGGGGACGGACCACAGCGACGGGCAGGGUCUGACCGCAGAUCUAGGACCUCAGUGAGGAGACGCUCUGUAGGCCGAGCGGAUGAGGAAUCACAGCAGGGUCGUUGGGAUUGAAGUUCUGUGGUCCUGAUGGGAUCCUGCACAGAAUAUUUUUUUAACCGUUACAGUUUGAAUCCAGCACAUGAGUUAAAAUAAAAGAAUUAAAGAUUAGACUGACGAGUAUCAAAGAGAAGAAAAUCUCAAUCAGACACUUCGAGCCGCUUCUUAACAUCCGGCGCUAGGCGUGAAUCUUCAAGACAUUUGAUGCUGGUUAUUUUUCGUGUUCAUUUCUUUUAUUAUUUCUCUGCACUUGUGUCUGUUUAUUUCUGUGUUUAGGAAGUUUGACUGCAGGUUCUGUGAAUGAAUUCAGUUUUUGUUUGUCAUGUGUGUGUCAUGUCUGUGUACUUUUUCUUUCUAGUACCUUCUAUAAUAAAGAGUUGAGGCGGAUCACAUUCUUCAUCAUUAUUGAGACCUCACCUCACAUUUGGGCAAUUCCAGCGUUAUGGAAGUGACAUUUUGUGUUAUGGUUGUGAAAUAAAAAUGCUCAGAGAAUGAAUUUGAUAUGAUCAUAUUGAA